ACAAAUUAAAGUGCUCUGAUUUUCCCAGAAAAAUGCUGAUACUGCGUGUAACACUGCUGUUGUGCUUGCUGCCCUUAAUGGCAGCAUACCCGGUGGAAGCAGAAGUGAAAACUGGACAGGUUGCUGAACUCAACUCAGCCGAUUUUGGCGAUCUGACAAAUGGUCUAAGCGAUGCCGAAGUGGAAUCUACACUCAAUGGUUUAUCGCUGGAUGAUCUGAAUGCACUCAACAAGCUCUUGGAUGACGCUGGCAAUGGGCCAUUUGACUUAGAGGCAAGCCUAAGAGGUCAUCAUAGGCAGGCGAAGAAACAGCAGUCCUACGAUGACAUGGAAUCGCUCGAAGAGGAUUUGGAGCCAGCGCUAAGCUCGCAUAAUGGUGAUGCGUGCCACGAUGAGGAUGAACCCGAUCAAUGCACCGAACAGCAGCAGCAGCACCAGCCACCCAAGUGCAAAAAGCGACCGACCACAAAACGUUGCACGUCCACCACACGAAGAUGUACAACGACGUCGUGCAAAUCCAUGGACGGUUUUCUCGAUCUCAAUGUGGAGAAUAACAAGGGCAGCUCCUCCUCCGCCGGUGCCAAGCAGAAGUACGAGGAUGACGAGGAAUGUGAUCCGGAGGAUACAAUGUGUCUGCAGCGUCAGCAGCGUUACAAGCAGCGACCGAUUUUGCAUGAUUUUGCGGAUAUAUCAUUGAAUCAGAAUUCGCCCAAUUCGCUGGAUAGUCUGGAGCAGCUCGCAGCCCAAGCACAACGUGAGGAAUCGUUGAAGUUGCCCAAACAACUGGACAGUUGGAUCAGCAAAGAUGCUGCUCCGGAUGUGUUCAACUCUUGGUCGGAGGACAAAAUGGUGGCCGAGGAUGAUGGACAGCCACAGGAGAGUGAAGAGGAGCGCCAGCAAGCGGAGGCCUAUGAACGUCAGCAGUUGGCACGUGUGGCUCGGGAGGAACAGCAGCAACUGCAGCAGCUGCAGCUGCAGCAGGCAGCUGAGACUGAGACAGAGCAGGAGAGUUCCUCGCUGGAUGAGGAUGUGCAACAGAAUGCGGCGCCGGCCGCAGCUGAUGAGCUUGAAGCGGCUGAAUCGUUGCCGCUGGCCAACGAUGGCGACAGUUUUAUUGCAAAUAAUGAACGCGAACCGGUUCGCUAUCGCAUCGAAACGGAGCAUGGUGGCUACAUCAGCAGCGAGCAUGAGCUGGGCGAGCAACUGUUGCAGGCGGACAAGGAGCACAGCGAGUUGCUCAACUAUGACAACUAUCAACAGCAGCAGCAGCACUCCAACAACGAACACAACAACAACAAUCCCAACCAGUAUCAACUCGAAUCCGGCAAACGCAUCAAACGCGACAACAAACAAACUGACGAUGCACCCGAGAAUCCCAACGAGAGCUAUCUGAAGAAGCUGAUGGACUCGUUUCCGCGAGACCAGCUCAACAGCCAGAGCAAUCUGAAUGUGGCCAUCAGGCAGGCGAAACGCUCCCAUUUGCGUGUCAAACGUAGUUAAAUUCUUUCCAUUUGUUUUUAGUUCACAAUACUUUAAAUGUGUAUGUGUGCCGUGUGUAUCGUGUGUGUGUGUGUGUGUUUGUGUGCGUGUGUGUGAAUAUAUAUUUUAUAGGACUAAUUCAAAUAAACAUCUCAAUGUAACAAUUAA